CUCCCCGCUCCCUCUCUUGCACCUGCCGCCUGCCACCACUUGCUCGCGCUCACGACCUCAGCGCCGCCGAUCCGUUUCCUUCGUGCUCUCCGCCGCAGACUGCUGCAUCUCCUCGCGCCUCCAUCGACAUGGCGUCUGCUGCUACGCUGCCCGCCGCACGCCCGCCGCCGCGCGACCUUGACGCACACGACAAGCUCGCGCUCGAUGUCGAGGGCGAUGCUGAUCUGGACCGCGCCAUUGCUGCGUUCGACGAGUCUACCAUGGACUCGGCCGAUCCGAUGGUCGUCAUGUCCUACUACCGGCACCUGCUGCCCUUCCGGCAGCUCUUCACCUGGCUCAACCGCGCCUCGGGCUCGGCGCCCUCGCGCAACUUUACGCACCGCGAGUUUGCCUUUACGCUGCAGAACGAGGCAUAUCUGCGCUACAACUCCUUUGGCACAUGGGAGGAGCUGCGCAAGGAGGUGCUGCGUCUGAACCCGGCGCGUUUCGAGAUCGGUCCAGUCUACACGGCAAAGCCCAAAGACCGCAAGACGGUGCAAAAGACGUCGUUCAAGCCCGUGUCGCGCGAGUUUGUGCUCGACAUUGACAUGACCGACUACGACGAGAUCCGCACGUGCUGCUCGGGCAAGGGCAUCUGCCGCCGCUGCUGGGCCUUCAUUGCCGUCGCCGUCGAGGUGCUCGACGCUGCGCUGCGCACCGACUUUGGCUUCCGGCAUCUGCUCUGGGUCUAUUCCGGCCGGCGAGGCAUCCAUUGCUGGAUCUCGGAUGAGGAGGCAUGCGCGCUGCCGGACGACGCGCGCAAGGCGAUCGUGGGCUGGCUGGAGGUGAUCAAGGGCGGAGCCUCGGCGGUGAAGAAGGUGGACGUCGGCAGCGGAGGCACAAGCGGACGCAACCUGCAUCCCUCGCUGCGCCGCGCUCUUGGCGGCGAGGGGCCAGGCGGGGCAUCCGGCCCGCUCAAGCGCGCCUUUGUCGACAUCAUCCUCACCGACCAGGAGUGCUUCCGCUCGGCUGAGGGAUACAACCGCCUGCUGGCCCUGCUGCCUGCCAGCGAGCAGGAGGCCGUCUCGAAGCUGCGGAGCAAGUGGGACGCCUCGCCGAGCCGCUCAUCGCUCGACAAGUGGCAGGACGUCAUGGACUGUGCGAACCGCGCCGGCGAGCUGCGGUCACGCACGACGUGGCGCCCGGCGAUGGAGGACAUCGUCCUGCAGUACACGUACCCGCGUAUCGACGCCGAAGUCUCGAAGCACAUGAACCACUUGCUCAAGGCGCCGUUCGUCGUGCACCCGGGCACUGGCCGCGUGUGCGUGCCCGUCGACCCGGCCAAGGUGCACGCAUUCGACCCGCAGCGCGACGCCCCGACGGUGGCGCAGCUCUUCAAGGACCUCAAUCGCAGCCGCGCGCAGGAGGGCCAGGGCUGGGAGAAGACGGGCCUCAAGCCGUUUGUGCAGAUGCUCGAGAAGCACUGCAAGGGCGUGGCGGACGAGGCACGGGUACGCAACCGAGCCAAGGGACUCGACCAGAUGGACUUCUGAGCGGCAUCGCUGGGGCUCGCCCCUUGCGGCCGCGCUCCUUACUCGCGCCUCGGCUCUCUUCACCUUGUACUUUAGCGCAUCCGCAGGCAUUUGACGUGCAGUG